UCAUAACAACCAAAUUCAAAUCGAAGCUCUCGAAAAAUAACUCAAGAAAAUUCUAGACCAGUCUUCUCCUACUAAUAUUCAAUUAUCAUCGAUAUCAUGAUCUCCAUCGUAAUCAUGGCUGAGCUACUGAUUGAGUACACGACAGCUCUCGCUAAACUCACCGCUGAGAUUCUUCCUAGGCGACAAGGCGACGGAAACUUUAUACGGAUAGGCAACUUCUCUGUAUAUUGUCCUCCUAGAUCGUCGCCUGUUCCAGACUUCUCUGCGCAUCUUGUCGACUUCUGAGUUCUGAUAUAUGAUGAGUGUCCAUUUUCUGCUAUUCUUUUUAAUCGAGUAGUUGAGUGACAGAGAAUGAAUCUUUUUUUUAUUACGCUUUUCGAUAUCAAUAAUAGAUGAGAGAUUUGUAAACCGUAUCUAAUUAAAUAAUAUAGUUUUUGAUUUCUAUUAGUCCAAGUCUACUUUGAUUUGUGGCGUUGUAUUAUCUUUGUCGAUGCAUUACCACAAUAGUAGUAUACAAUCAUUUUAUUUUAAGCCAAUCUGUAUAAAUCACUUAUAUAAUAUACAACCAUUUAAAGUUCAUCAGUAAACUUGC